AUGUUCGAGAUGAAGAGAGCAAUUGACGCCUUAGUUGUUUUAGCAGGUAAGGUUUCAGAAUAUAACGCAAAAAUGAAUCCGCAAUGUUCAAAAUGUAAAGCAGCAAUAAGGAAAUAUAACUACUCCGUCAAAGAGAUAGAACGUAUGCGAAACGACUAUGCAGACUUAAAGAAAGAAGCAGAAAAACCAGCAGAAAAUAAAAUGGAUAUGUUAGCAUUUCUGAACAAAAACUAUCCAACAGCAGAAGAUUUCCUUCUAUCUGACGUCAAGAAGAAGUAUAAAGAAACUUUCGGUAUCGUUAAAACAUUCGAUGUACUGACAGAAGAAAUAGAAGCUACGAAAUUGUUUAGGAUUUCAAAUAUACAUCAUACAAUUCAUGUAAAACGCUUAUAA